UUGGUCACGUGCAAAGCAUGCAGCUGACGUCAUCAGGGGACCCUUACUUAGUCAGGACACUUAGCAUUAGCCCUCCCAUAUUUGAAAUACCGGAUUUCUUGUCUGAUGCGGAAUGCAGUCAUYUUAUCAAAAUAGCACAAAGUCACGUGAUGCAGCCCAGUGAUAUCUACCAAUCGGAUGCAGAGUUGAGUAAUCACACGUCAUUCAAUGACUGGGAUAUCAAUGGUGAUAAAGUGCUUGACUAUGAUGAGAUUUAUCAGACGAUGGUUUACCUGAGGGAUAUCCACUUAACUCAAACAGACAUUCAAAUCAUGUUCAAGAAAUUACGAAUCGGUCAUUUAGAAGGGGGCUUCAUUCAUCCUAGGGAGUUUAAAGGSCAMAAAAUCAUCGAAUACAUCGAUAAGGUGAUAUUAAAGGAUACGUCAAUCAAAGGUCGCCAUAGCAAUAACACUUGGCUGGACACRUGGGAUGAUGACGUCAUGACAAUGUUGAAUAUAAAAAAGGCUGCGUUGACAGGAUUACCGCUUGAAGUCAUCGAAGGCAGCGAAUCGCCGACGAUCAUUAAGUAUGGUCCUGGKGGUCACUACCAUUGUCACUUUGACUCUCACAGUCAGGACAGUGUACAGCCAUGUUGUGACCAAUCAUCAGUUAGUAACUGUCGUUCGUGUAGAUACAUUACUAUCAUGUAUUACUUAAGCGAUGUAARAGAAGGAGGACAGACAGCUUUCCCAUUCGCCAACAGACUACAACCAAUCAGGGGGUUGCUCCCUUCAACGUUAAACGUGUCCAAUCUCAGUGCGCAUUGCUCCAAGGCCAACCUCCUUUUGAMACCAAAUAAAGGCAAGGCAGUCAUGUGGUAUAAUCACGUGAUUGAUAAACAUGGAAUGGUCGGGGAUCUUGAUCRAGCUUCAUUCCACGGUGGAUGUGACGUCAUCCAAGGGGAAAAGUGGAUCAUGAAUAACUGGAUAAACGUCUUUGUAGAUGACUUUGAACACAUCAGGACGUGGCAUAAAACGAUAAAGAAAACCUAGAUAUUUGAUAUUGUAUUUAUU